AUGGCCCCCAACAAGGACGAGAAGAACCUGGUGGAGAAGCUGCGAGCUUUUCAACGGAGUAAUCAGGCGAACAAAAGAUGCGCAGACUGUCCAGAACGAGGGCCAACCUAUGUUUGCCUCGAUUUCCAGAUCUUUAUUUGCCAAUCUUGCGGUGGAAUUCAUCGCGAGUUUGGCCACAAGAUCAAGAGCAUCUCCUUCUCUGAGUGGAGCCCCGCUGAGGUGGCGAAGCUCGAAGAAGGAGGCAACGAAGCAGCUAGGACCAAGUGGCUGGAUAGAUGGCACCAGGACACCUUUCCAGAGCCUGAUGGAACAGAUCUGGAAGCAGUGCGAGAAUUCAUUCGGCUUAAAUACGUUGAGAAGAAGUGGUACCGCCCGCAUGCGCACCCGAAGGCCGCGUCCGCGCCCAAGACGGAGGCAGCGUCGCAGCCUGCGGCCACGACUUCGGCAGUUCCCCAGGCGGCCCCAGCGGCACAGGCCCCCUCGCUGGACCUCCUAUCCGGCGGCGACGCCGAGCCCACAACGCCCGCGCCGGCGGCGAUGCCGGCGCCGACCGCCCCUGCCGUGGCGGCACCGGUGGCGCCGCCCCCAGCGGCCAACACGGCGCAGGUGCCAGACCUGCUGGACGGAGGUGGUGCGCAGGUGACAGAGGAGCCCUGGACUGCCGACUUCGGGACACCGGUGAAGGCGCCCGACAGCCUCGCAGGGCUCAUCGAUUUGGAGUUCAGUUCUCCUCCAAAGGCUGCAGCUCCCAAGCCCGAGGAGGAACGAUACGAGACAUCAUACCGGGCUUUGGCUGCAGAGCAGGGGCAUUCGACCCAGCGGCGCACCUUCACAGGCCCCGAGGGCGCGGCGCUGCACGCGGUGUGCCGAGCGAUUCUGGUGGUGGAGCUGGCCGAACGGACCUGCUACUACGCCCUGGCUGGGAGCCAGGAGUUCUUCCUGGAGACUUUGGGCUAUGGGGCUCAGGAAAGUGCCGGGCUGAACUCGGCCUUUACCACCUUGUGCUACAUGUGGCCUUUGGCUGGAGGAUAUGUGGCAGAUGCCUUCUUGGGCAGAUACCACACCAUUUGGGUCUUCACGGUGUGCUACUUGGUCGGAGUGCUCACCUGUGCCGUGUCAGCGCUCCCGGGCCCCACACGGGACGCCACGACCUACCUCGUGGGGUCCAUGGUUUUCCUGGCGCUGGGCACAGGCGGCAUCAAGCCGAACAUCUCCAACUUCGGCGCCGAUCAGUUCGACUCCCGCAGUGCUGCGGGCCGAAAGGCGCGAGAGGAGUUCUACACGUACUUCUAUAUGUCCAUCAACGUGGGCGUGCUGCUUUCCUAUGGCUUCCUCACCACCUUGUGCUCCAGCGGGUUGCCUGGGCUGGUGCCGAAGGACUUGGGCUAUGCCACCAGUUACUUCCUUGCGGCAACCUCCAUGUGCGUCGCUUUGACCGUGUUCCUUUGCUACAGCAGCAGCUACAGGUGUCUCCACCGGCACCUGGGCGACGCGAUCCGCGGCGUGGUGCUCCACGUGGUCUCCGCGGCCUUCGAAGGCUCCAACCGGGCCAGGGCCAUUUGCUUGGGUUGGCCCUUGCUCUUGCUGGGUUUACUUCUCACGGUGAUCAUUUCCUUGAGCCCCACGGAAUCGCUGGGCCUCUUUGGUGCACUGAUGGUCUUGAGCGGUCUCUUGCUGGCCACCUAUGGCUGUGGGAACCUGGAGUGGGUGCAAAGUACCGCCCACCGGAAUAGCCAUGUGACCCGGCAGCAGACGGCAGACUUCCUGCGUGUCAUGCCAACCCUCGCCGCCGUAAACUUGGCCUUCAACAGCGUCUACAACUGCAUGGCCUUCUGGUUUCAGGAGCAGGCCUGCUUGAUGGACGUGAGAUUCUUCAACAUGCAGUUGAACGGCUCCUUCUUCACCAUCGCCGAUGGCUUAGCCAUCGUCCUUUUCACCCCACCGCUGAUGAACACGGUCAACCCCUGGAUGGAGCGCAGGUUUGGUGUGGGUCGCCACGGGAAGCUCUUGUUGGGUUGUCUAUUGGCGGCAGUCUCAGUACUUUGGGCUGCGCUGCUGGAGGACCUCCGGAUCGUUUCACCCUUGCUGGAGGAGGCCUCCCUUUGUGCGCCGGACGGGCAGAAGAUGAGCAGUUUGUCCGCCUGGUGGAUGAUUGGACCGUACACAGUGAUGGGCGUGGCGGAAGUGUAUGUGAAUUCGACGCUCUACUACUUGGCCUAUUCACAGUCACCCUUAAGGCUUCGGAGCAGCGCACAAGCACUGGGGCUCUUCAUGAGCGCAACCUCCUCUGCGCUGUUCACCAUCCUCACCGCCGUGCUCAGCGGUCGCGGCAGCUUGCGCACUGAGAAGGAUGGCUUGCAGGCUGGAUACUAUGUGUCUUUGUCCAUGAUGAUUCCUUUUCUAUGCUGGUACUUGUGUGUCCAGUCUGGCUUCCAAGAGCGCCACUUCGAUGAAGAGAGCGAGCCUGAGGUGCAACCAGGUCAGCUUAACAAGGGCGUGGCCUUCUCGCGCACAGGAAUGCUCCGGGACUUCGCCUCCCCACAAAGCGUCGGCGGGAGCCCGGCCAGUUGGGUCGAUCACAGCCCUUUGUCCAGUGAGGUGAGCGCUGUGGGGAUGCCGGUCUUCGAUGACUUGGAUCCAGAAGAGUUUGAAGAGUGUGUGCGAUUGGCCCACGCCCGGCAUGUGGCCGACUGGCUGAAGUUAUCAAUGUUCAAAGAGAUGAUGCGGAAGGAAUUGCGUGGAGGUGCACGAGGUCUUCCCGGGGUCAAAUCGCAGGACUUAAUGGCCAUCGAUGGUUCCUUUGCCGCGCCCGUCGCGUCGGUGGAAGAGCCCGCGGCGGAGCCAGCUCCCACUGAUGUGGAGGCAGAGGACACCACAUCCAUGGGGGAGAAGCUACGGCAGGCGGUGCUGAGUGGUAGCCAAGAUGACUUGAAGCGGCUCUUCGAGCAAUGCUCCAAGGCGCCCGCCAAGAAGCACCACGCGGUGGAUGAGAAGCGCUUGGCGGCCUUUUCCGCCUUCGACGACCUCUUGAGCCCCAGUCACCGGCAGGAGAGCGUGGAUCGAUGA